CGGCGCCGCCGUAGAGAAUAUGAGAAUACGUCGGAUUAGAGUGACAGCUGAGGAAGUGUCACUCUGACGGAGCGUCAAGUUGGGAGCAGCGCGGGAACUUUGACAUAAAGAAAAAGGCCCGCGCGCCCUCACCAGGCGAAUCGUCUCAAUUCGACGUCGUAAUUUAGUUUAUUGUUUGUUUUUCACCAUAAUUGUUAUUUCUUACUAUAAAGUGUACUCAAGACAGUGCUGGCAUUAUUAUUCAUUAUAAACUAAGCGUCUGCGGCUAGAGUAAACGAUGGAGAUUUCUGAUGUUGGUAACGAAGAGCCGACAUCAGAAGUGGGAUCGAAGAGAGGUCAUGCCGUGGAUACGCAGCCAUCAAAAAGCGACCCUGCAACGCAACUAUUGUCAAGCAUGGAGUCGCUCUUAUCCCGGUUGGUCUCAAUCCCACCGCCCCAGGCAGCAGUAAGUUCUAAUGUGACACCAAAACUCAUCCCAUACGAUCCUGACGAUAAGGCCGCAGAUAUUGAAGAUUGGUGUGCACUAACCGAAGUCAUAGUAGAGAACAAAAAUCUCGAUGGUGUCGACUUACUAAUGGCACUCACUAGAGCACUCAAAGGUCGUGCCGCUACCUGUUUAACCAAAUUAAACUUGAAGAACAUAUCCUGGUGUAGUAUUAAACAAUUGUUAUUGGCUAGAUUUGCCAAACCGAAACUGAUUCAAGAUCAUUUUGAUGAGAUAUUGCGAUUUCAAAUCGAGGCUAAAGAAACUGCAUCUGAGUCUGCGUUGCGCUUAUGGAGCAUGAUCGAGCAAAUUCCAAAAGCAGAAUUAUCCGAAGAGGUUAUUACUGGGUUUGUCAUAUCUGUUUUAUGCCAGAAGGAUAACUUGAUACGUAGAGAGCUAACAUCCCAUGUCGUUACUACUCGCGCUCAGCUAUUUCGAAUUCUUAAUGGCAUCUCGCUGAAACGCCGGACGGAUAAUACGGACGGGUGUCAAGACCCUGAUGUGAAGCGACCGCGGACGACAGAUACGAGGUUUCUUGGCAAAUGUCAUCGUUGUGGCGUAAGGGGUCACAAACAGUUUGAAUGCAAAUCGCGUAAGGAAGAUCAAGUAUCGAAGCCUUCAGAUUAUUCAACUUCCACCAACAAGCAAGACAAAACCAUUACCUGCUUUUCGUGCGGAAAGACUGGACACACGUCACCAACUUGUCCCGACAAGAAGAGGCCCGGUGGGUCAGCGAACAAAGAAGUCAACCUCUGCGGCCAUGACCCCUCCAGAUCCUCGCUGGAGACAUCUUCCGGACGCCAUUAAACUACUACGUCCGAGGACGGACGAUUGUCAGUCUGGCCGUGUCGGCGCCGCCGUAGAGAAUAUGAGAAUACGUCGGAUUAGAGUGACAGCUGAGGAAGUGUCACUCUGACGGAGCGUCAAGUUGGGAGCAGCGCGGGAACUUUGACAUAAAGAAAAAGGCCCGCGCGCCCUCACCAGGCGAAUCGUCUCAAUUCGACGUCGUAAUUUAGUUUAUUGUUUGUUUUUCACCAUAAUUGUUAUUUCUUACUAUAAAGUGUACUCAAGACAG